AAUUUCGUGUUUCUCCGGUGAUCCAAAGAUCAUGGGAAAAAAGUCAUUCUCCAAUUCUUUUUUCUUUUACGCAUCGUCGCAGUUGAGAUUGGUGAAUAUGGUUCCUUGCGAUCGCGGCGAUGAGGAAAGAUCGAUGUCAAUGGUUGGGCACCUAUUUAUUUAUUUAUUUUGCUAAGCCGGCAAUGGUGGGUACUUGCAAUCAAAUAAAUUAGUCAACAAAUCGAGGUCAUUCCAGAGGCGUAGGAGAGAAUAUCCAUUUUAAGGAAUCAAUUGCAUUUCCAUUGUUUGCUCCCCAAUCUGUAAUUCCAUGCGCAUGGUUCUUUGCUAUCGUAUUAAUUGUAUCUGCAUGAAGACACAGUCGGAGACAGUAAAAGAUUGAGGAAGUUGUGGGGUGGAAGUGGAUGGGUAGAUGAGGAGUGAAGAUGUCAGGAGGCGAUUUCAGCGAUCACAAUCAUCUGCUGAGAUUGAACUCGGCGUCACCGGAGGGCGACUUGGAAUCUCAAGGAGGCAGUAACAACAGUAAAGGCAGUAAGGAUGUACUGAAGCAACAUCUGGAUCGAGGGUUGCCUCUUUCUGGACGCCGACUCAGCCUGAAGCGUUUGGAUAGGGACCACAAUCAUCCUCAUCUUCCAUUAUUAGAUGGCGACGAUGAUGAUGAACAGCACUGCCAUUACCGUCAGAAUAACCAUGCGGAAUCCUCUGCUGUUUCGGCUACCGAUGUCCUAGGUGACAGCGCCCCUCCCGAGUGGGCACUUCUCCUUAUUGGCUGCCUUCUCGGCCUUGCCACCGGUAUCUGCGUCGCCGCUUUUAAUCACGGGGUGCACGUAAUACAUGAAUGGGCCUGGGCUGGUACUCCGAAUGAGGGCGCUGCUUGGCUUCGUUUACAAAGAUUAGCUGACACUUGGCAUCGGAUACUUUUAAUUCCAGUCACAGGAGGAGUUAUUGUCGGCAUGAUGCAUGGUUUACUUGAAAUAUUAGAUCAAAUAAAACACUCCAGUUCAUCUCAAAGACAAGGUUUUGAUCUGCUUGCUGGAGUAUUUCCCACAAUAAAGGCCAUGCAGGCUGCUGUAACUUUAGGUACUGGUUGUUCGUUGGGUCCUGAAGGCCCUAGUGUAGAUAUUGGAAAAUCAUGUGCCAACGGAUGUUCGGUUAUGAUGGAAAACAACAGAGAAAGGAAGAUAGCUCUUGUUGCAGCUGGUGCAGCUGCUGGAAUUGCUUCAGGGUUUAAUGCUGCAGUUGCUGGUUGUUUCUUUGCUAUUGAAACAGUGUUAAGGCCCCUUCAAGCAGAAAACUCACCCCCAUUUACUACUGCAAUGAUAAUAUUGGCAUCUGUGAUUUCUUCAACCGUAUCAAAUGUUUUACUUGGGGAGAGACCAGCAUUUACGGUGCCCACAUAUGAAUUGAAAUCUGCUGCUGAACUACCUCUAUACCUGAUAUUGGGUAUGCUUUGUGGGGUAGUAAGUGUUGCCUUCACUCGCUUGGUGACUUGGUACAGCAAAUCAUUUGAGUUUAUCAAGGAAAAAUUUGGCCUUCCUGCAGUUGUGUGCCCUGCUUUAGGAGGUUUAGGAGCUGGGAUAAUAGCUCUCAAAUAUCCUGGAAUAUUAUAUUGGGGUUUCACCAAUGUUGAAGAAAUCUUACAUACUGGAAAGAGUGCUUCAGCACCUGGUAUUUGGCUGUUAGCUCAACUAGCUGCUGCCAAAGUUGUGGCAACGGCUCUAUGCAAGGGAUCUGGGCUCGUAGGUGGUCUUUAUGCACCAAGUUUGAUGAUUGGUGCUGCUGUUGGUGCUGUAUUUGGGGGUUCAGCUGCAGAACUUAUCAAUUCAGCAAUUCCGGGAAAUGCUGCUGUUGCCCAGCCGCAGGCAUAUGCACUGGUUGGGAUGGCUGCUACAUUAGCUUCAGUUUGCUCAGUACCCUUGACAUCAGUGCUACUUUUGUUUGAACUGACAAAAGAUUACAGGAUAUUGCUUCCUCUCAUGGGGGCUGUUGGAUUAGCAAUAUGGGUUCCCUCUGUAACCAACCAGGUCAAGGAGACUGAAACAUCUGAGACAAAGAGCUUGAGAAGAGGAUAUUCUUUUCUCUCACCUGUUGAAGGUAUAAAUGACUGUAGUUGGAGAAAAGUUGAUGGUCAAGAUGAUUUAGAACUCAGAGAUUUAGAAAAUGCUGCUGACCAUGAAGUGAUUAAUGGAGAUACACUUCUAGAAGAUCUAAAGGUUUCUCAGGCCAUGUUGAAGAACUAUGUAAAGGUUUCGCAGGCCAUAACCUUGAAAGAUGCAAUAAAAUAUAUGCAUGACAGCCAACAGAAUUGUGCACUUGUGGUUGAUGCUGAUGAUUUUCUGGAGGGAAUUCUGACCAAUGGUGACAUUAAACGAUGUCUGUCCAGGAAGUCUACUAAUGCUACUAGGGGUGAUUUAACUCUUCCAGAUGUGAACACAUUUCCUGUUUCGUCCGUCUGCACUCGAGGGAUAAGCUAUCGUGGACGAGAGCGUGGACUUUUAACUUGUUAUCCUGACACCGAUUUGGCAAUUGCCAAGGAGCUAAUGGAGGCCAAAGGGAUUAAACAACUGCCUGUGGUUAAGCGAGGUUCUCCCCAGAAGGAAAGGAAGCGCAAGCUUGUUGCUAUUCUUCCUUAUGAUUCAAUCUGGAACUGUCUCAGAGAUGAAAUUAAUCGCCAGAAGUUAGUCCUGCAGCAGAGAAAAGGAGACAAUCUUGAGGAGAUCAUUGCAAAUGGUCAUUAAUGAUGAAACUUGGAAGUUUCAGCCGGUAGCAGAGUCGUGAAUGUUAAAGCCAUACGGUUGCGUAUGUAUGCUCUAUUUUGGGAGUUCAGUCUCCAUUAGCUGCUGGUAGCAAGCAUAUAUUUUCCUGGACACCCUAGCCUGGCGGUUGAGAACUUACAAGAGCGUUAUGUUGUACCUUUACCAAUGCUUUUUUGCAAAUUUCUUUCUGUAUAUGCAGUUUUCUAUCCGAUCGAACACUCGAAUAUCUUGAUCAGUAGCAGUAUUUGCAGUAGGAAGGAAAUACAAAUUAUGCGUCAAAUCUGAUAAGCGUCGGCCUAUGAAGUUUACAGACUUACAGUUUCCUUUACGCACUGUCCAGAACACUUUUUUAUCCACUGAAAUUUUGGCCAUAUACAGGAAGGCAGAUUGCAGACAUCCGUAGCAGUUUUUCAAUGUAGUUUUUCAAUCUGAUUAGCACAUGGAAAUGGAAGAUCUGUUGGUCUAUGCCCCCCGGGGUCAACCUUUUUUUUUUCUUUUUUCUUGUUGAUAACAUUAAGUGCCCCUUAUUUUUUUAGCUGGAAAAAAAAAAAAAGAAGGUAAGGAAUGAAUUAGAUUUUAACUUU